CAGAGAGUGUUGGUUAUUGGUGCUGGAUCCUCUGGUCUGGUUGCUCUUAAAGAGUGUUUGGCUGAAGGUUUCUCCAACGUCGUCUGCUAUGAAGCACUUGCCAAUUUGGGUGGAUUAUGGCAAUAUGAGCCCGUUCAACCCAACCAAAAAGUGCAUUCGUCUGUAUACAAAAAUACUGUGAUUGAUACUAGCAAGCAAAUGAUGGCAUUUAGCGACUUUCCUAUCCCCCAUCAUUGGCCAAUUUAUCUACACAACAAAUCCGUCGUCAAGUACUACCAUAUGUAUGCUGAAAAAUUUGAUUUGAUCAACCACAUCGAGUUCAAUACCCAAGUAACAGCCAUUGAUCCACUCAAGUCUACAACCAACGAUCUGCAAGCUUCUAAACCAUACAAUGGGCAAUGGCGAGUGGAGUAUAUGCAAGAUGGGAAUCAACUUACUGCCGUAUUCGACAAGGUGAUUAUUGCAUCUGGACACCACUGGAAACCAAAAAUGCCCGAGUUUCCUGGCAUGAACGAGUUUAAAGGGGAAAUGAUGCAUUCGCACUACUACAGAGAAGCAAACCCAUUUAAAGAUCGCCAAUGUUUGGUAGUUGGACUCGGUAACAGUGCUGUUGAUGUUGCUGUUGAGCUAAGCUAUCAUGCAAAGCAGGCGUAUGUUUCUUCCAGGCGCAGUGCAUGGCUCAUGUCCAGAUUUUCUCUCAACGGACGUCCUUUGGAUCAGACCGUAAGCAGAUUCUAUACCAUGCUACCCAUUUUUAUUCGUAACAUAUUGGUUAGGUUUACCACUUGGGUACAGCUUGGGGAUAUUGCCCAGUUUGGACUUUUUCCAAAACACGAGCCGUUUUCUGCCCAUCCAACCAUUAGCAGUGAGCUUCCUGGUCGCAUUAGUACUGGAACCAUAGUAAUGAAGCCCAACGUUAAAAGAUUUUACAGACUGGCAGAUAGACAGAUGGUCGAAUUUGAGGAUAAAUCGUCUGUCCCCGUUGAUACGGUCAUAUUUUGUACCGGAUAUGAGAUUGGGUAUCCCUUUCUAGAUGCGGAAAAAAUUGUUGGCUUGAAUAAUCCAGGUUCAAAUGUAGUGGAUCUAUACAAGCUGGUAUGGCCUGUGCACUAUGACAGCAUUGCGUUUGUGGGUCUCUUUCAACCAUUAGGUGCAAUUAUGCCUGGAUCUGAACUCCAGUCACGAUGGAUUGCUCGUACAUGGUCUGGUCAGUGUUCAAACCUUCCGAAUGCCAACAUCCGACUUGAGGAUAUUUACAAAAAACGCGCUCAGGUUCGUCAGAGAUAUGUUACAUCACCCAGACACACAAUUCAAGUGGAUGCUGGCACCUAUUUUGACGAAAUCGCUGGCCAGUUUGGAGCGGCGCCUAAUCUAUGGUUGCUAUUUUUUUCCGAUAUUUUCUUUUGGUGGAAAAUUGUGUUUGGGUGCUGGAAUGCUCAUCAGUAUCGACUAAGUGGACCUGGCGCAUGGACUGGAGCAAAGCAAGCUAUA